UGAAUAGGUCUCAGAGGAGGGCGAGGGGAGAGAGGGGAGAGCCGGACCAUAGAGGACUACACACUGUUGUCUUUGGCACACUAUACACACAAGCUGUCUGCAUGUUUUGACUGUGAUUUUAAAAGAGGAGUUCAAACUGCAUGGGAGAGUCGACCUAGUGGAAGCCUGCACCUGAAUGGAGUAAAAGUACUGAAGAAAAAGUACUGGGAUAAAAGUACUGAAGAGAUUUGCAGAAGAACUUUGUGGAUAAACAGAUGAUGCUGAAGAAGGUGCGAUUCAAGGAUCUUCAUGUGUCGCCCGGAGACAGGGACAGCUCUGUGGACAUGGACCGACUGAACAGGAACAUGCCCGAAUAUGGACGUACCCAACACCAGAACCUCCAGAGCACUCCUUUGGACCUGAUUGACACAGGGAAGGGGUUGAAGUUCCAAGCAGAGCGCCCCCAUCUGGUCAGUCUGGGAAGUGGACGCCUGAGCACAGCUAUCACUCUGCUGCCACUGCCUGAAGGUCGAACUACGCUAGGCCAUGGUCCGAUGGACAUUGCCAUCCAGGGCCCUGGGGUGGCAGCGCAACACUGCUUCAUUGAGAACAGGUCUGGGGUGAUCACACUGCAUCCCUGUGGCAACCUCUGCUCUAUGGAUGGGCUGCAGGUCAAACAGCCCGUACGCCUCUCUCAAGGCUGCAUGCUGUGUUUUGGCCAAUCUGCCUUCUUCCGCUUCAACCACCCUGAAGAGGCCUUUAGGAUGAAGAGCAUGAUGCCACAGGGCGGCAGCAUCCACACUGCAGACUACAGCCUAUGUACAGACACGGAGAGCCUGGUCAAUGGGAAUCACCACUCCAGCCCGGCACAGUCCCCUCCGGCUCCUGGAGACAAAGUUCAGUCCGAACACAGUAAAAUCGUCAGCUCCAUUGAGAAGGACCUUCAGGAUAUCAUGGACUCCUUAGUCAUGGAUGACCCUCAGCCUUCAUCCUCAGACUCCAAAAAGCUCCCCGCUGGCUCAUCUACCUCCCCCCUGUCUCCCAUGGUCAACGGAGGUGGGCGGUACUUGCUGUCUCCACCUACCAGCCCGGGAGCCAUGUCUGUAGGGUCCAGUUAUGAGAACACCUCUCCCCCAUUCUCCCCCUUGUCAUCUCCAUCAGCGGCCAGCAGCGGGAGCUUCACCAGCCCCUCCCCCAUCGGUGGACCAUCUGACCAGAACGCCUCCCUGCCACCUGUGCCUGUUCGCUCCUCCAGCUACAACUUCACCUCCCAAGCUCCACCCAUCCCACAGCCACGGACCAUACUCAAUUUCAGCAGUAGCAGCAGUGGAGGUGUGGGUCAGAAGGUCCAGGAGAGCCCUAGGUUACAGAGAAAGCUGCUUACAGAAACUCCUCCAAGUCCGAAAUCGACCAGAAGAGGACUGAGUUUAGAUGGGAGCGAUAGCCCAAGACAAACCCCUGUUUUAUCUCCCGAAGAUUCUCUCAAUGGUCGCAACAUUGUGCCAAGUAGCCCUAGACUUAUGCCUAAAUUUUCUACUUGCCCAUCUCCAUCUCAUCCCAGGACCAAGACCACCACAGUGCUACAAGAAAGACCCGCUAGUCCUUUCCGGGAGCAGACUAGCUUAGCUGAUCGCACGCUCACCUCUAGCCCAUCAAGGCAACUUUCUCAACCAACAAGAGCCUUCCAGCCGCCUCUAGAUCCCAUUGUCCACAUCAUUCAGGGUGGACCUUUACAACAGCGAACGCUACAGCCCCCUGAAAGCCCACGUGUAACUCGGAGAAACAUGGAAGUGAAUGGUGGUAGUACUUCAGGUUUAAGUAUGAGAGAUUUGCCCCCGCUUAGCCCGUCUAUGGCGCGGAGAGGUGUGCCGGUACUUCCAGGAGCGCUUCCAGGAACAGUCCCCAUACUAAAGACUCCAGAUAGUCCUUCAUGUUUAAGCAAGCUAGUUCCUGAAAGCCCUAGACUGCGUCGCAAAACUGCAACAACGACAGAUGAGUUAUUAACCAGUAAAGGGAUGAGAGCACGUAGUCCAUCUCCUACUUUAAUGAUGGAGGGUAGUGCUAGUUCUAGAAAAGCUGGUUUGGGGAGCUCUCUGACCCCCGCCUACAGUCUGGGGUCGUUGCCGGGAUCGUCUCCAGCAGCCAGUCCCAGGACACACAGGAAGAUGUCGGCAUCAGGAAGGCCUCAUCCGGGAAUGAGGGAGAGGAAGAACAGUAUCACGGAGAUCAGUGACAAUGAGGAUGAGCUGUUGGAAUACCAUCGCAGGCAGAGGGAGGAGCGGCUGAGAGAGCAGGAGAUGGAGAGGCUGGAAAGACAGCGACUAGAGACCAUCCUAAACCUGUGCGCAGAAUACAACAAAGGAGAUGGGCCCGACCCCCUAAACUCCAGCAGGUUUCCCGGGGGACUGUCAGAGGGGACAUGUGGGAGGCCCGCUGUAGACAUUUUGGGAGGGACACCAUCCUCGUCCACUCUGCGUCUGGCCCAGAGACAAAGAGAGAGUGAUGAGGAGAAUCUGAAGGAAGAGUGCAGCAGCACUGAGAGCACCCAUCAGGAGGUGAGGAUGUCCCCCGGGCCCAGCGCAGGCUCUGCUCUGCAAAAUGGAGACAGACAGCAUGAGGACUCUCCUGGCUCUAGUCGCCUGGAGCUGGGGUACCUGGAGGAGGAGCGGGUGCGUGUCCUGUCCCGGAUCGAUGAACUCAAAACACGGCUGACUGAACUGGAACAGCAGCUACAGGAGUCCAAACAAGAGGCGGAAAUGGAGCGUGCUUUGCUACAGGGCGAGAGACAGGCAGAACUCGAUCAAAUUGAGGCUGAAACAGACAUCAUCUCACAGCUCCAAAACAAGAUGGAUGAACUGGAGAGCGCCAUUCAGAGGGAGAAAGACAAGGAGAGGGCUAAGGUUGAGGCUGAGCGCCAGGCCCUGCAGAGCCUCCAGGAGGGCUACGCGGAGCUCAAGAACCAGCUUCAUAACUGCCCCGAGUCCCUGCGCGAACAGUUGCAGGAACAGCUCAAAAGGGACGGAGAGGCGCUGGAGGCAGGAACCAAAAAGUUUGAGGACCUGGAGUUUCAGCAGCUGGAGCGUGAGAGCAGCCUGGAGGAGGAGAGAGAGACCAUGAGCCAGCAGCUACAGCAGGAGAGGAGCGAGUACCAGGCCAGUGUGGCCAAGAGGAAGGAAAAAGUUUCUGCUCUGGAAAACCAGGCCAGUCAGCUGGGCUUGCAGGCCUCUCAGGAGUGUGAACGACUGGCUAAAGACCGGACCCUGACUCUGCAGAUGCUUCAGAAGGAAAAGGACAGACUGUCUGCUCUGGAAAAGCGGUACCACAGCCUGACUGGAGGAAAGAGUUUUCCAAAGUCCUCCUCUGCAAUGAGAGAGCAGGGGGCACUGUACAUGAGCGAUGCUGUCUUGUUGGAGGAUGUGCGCUCCAGUCGGCCCUCUCUCUCUCGGGCCUCGCGCUCCUACUCUCUCCCUUUCCCUCUGUGUCAGCUGUACCCGAGCAGCCCCACAGAGGAGUACAUGAAGCUGUCCGAUGUGUAUAAGAUGUACAGCAGCGACAGCGGGCGGCCCCACAGUCAAACUUUUGCCAUAGACACUGCGUUAGCUGUUCCCUGCGAGGAGUAUGUGACAGUGGGACAGUUAAAUCAGAUGUAUGGAAUGCCCAAAGUGGAGUCGUCUCCUACCUCUCCGCUUCGUCAACCUCAGGCCCUGCAGUCUGGAACAGUAGACCCCGCCUACCCAUGCCUCCCCCCUCACCAUGGCUCCUCCCUCUCUCUCUCUGUUGAGGUGUUUCGCUCAAAGUUGGACAGUGACCCGGGACAGCCCCUCCUCACCUCCAGGUCUGGAUCAGCCUCUCCCCUGCUCCACGGUGCGGCCACACUGGGGCGAAACACAAGCUCAAAGAGCCCCCUGCUGGCUGCCAACAGCACUGGCAGUUUGCCCAGGAACCUGGCAGCGACUCUUCAGGACAUCGAGACCAAGAGACAGCUGGCCCUACAGCAGAAAGGUCAGCAGGUGAUUGAGGAGCAGCGGCGGCGUCUAGCUGAGCUGAAGCAGCGCGCUGCAGCAGAGGCCCAGUGCCAGUGGGAGGCGCUACACGGGUCCCAACCUCAGCUCCUCAGCCCCUCCCCCUCCUCCCCCUCCUGCUCACCCCUGCAGUCCUAUGGCGUUCACCACUCCAUCCUGCACCACCAGCCCGCCGCCCGAGAACAGCCCUAUGAUACACUCAGUCUGGAGAGCUCAGAUAGUAUGGAUACCAGCAUCUCCACGGGCAACAACUCAGCCUGCUCACCUGACAAUGUGUCCAGUGUUGGAGGAUUGGAUGCCCUAAAGAUUGAGGAGAUGGAGAAGAUGCUGAAGGAAGCUCAACUUGAAAAAGCCAGACUUAUUGAAUCUCGAGAGCGGGAAUACCUUGCUCGGAGACAGAUGCUGGAAGAGGAGAGGAGGAGGAGAGAGGAGGCAGAGAAAAGACUCCAGGAUGAAACACUCCAUCGAGAACAGCUCAUCGAGAAGGAGGUCAAAAUGAGGUCCAAGAACUUCGCUCAGGCCCGCCCAAUGACCCGUUACUUACCGAUCCGAAAAGAGGAGUUUGACCUGCGCUCUCACGUGGACUCGUCCGGGCACAACGUCGAAACCUGUUUCCAUGUCAUCGUCACGGAGAAGAUGUGCAAAGGGUACCUGGUCAAAAUGGGUGGAAAGAUCAAGUCCUGGAAGAAACGCUGGUUCGUCUUUGAUCGCCUUAAACGGACUUUCUCCUACUAUGUUGAUAAACAUGAGACCAAGCUGAAGGGCGUGAUCUACUUCCAGGCCAUUGAAGAGGUUUACUAUGACCACCUGCGAAGUGCCACCAAGAGCCCAAAUCCUUCCUUGACCUUCUGUGUUAAGACCCACGACAGACUGUACUACAUGGUGGCCCCUUCUGCCGAGGCGAUGCGGAUCUGGAUGGACGUGAUUGUAACCGGGGCAGAGGGCUACACACAAUUCAUGAACUAAGGAGUACAUCUCUGCCAGAUCUGUCCCAUCUGACUCCACUUCCUGUUUCCUGUCCCACUGUGGACACAUGCCUUCCUCAGCUCACUUUCAGUAUCACAGGUUUUUGAUUUUGAUCUUUUUUUUUUAAACAUUUUGUACGUGAUUCUGUUUGGAUCAAAAAGGGAGACAUGCUCAACUCAUGACUGUAUAUUAACCAAAUGUAAAGACUAUAAAAGCCUUUCUAUAUUGCCAAAUGGAGAUAUUCUAGUUACUUUUUUGUAUUAUUUUAUCUUUUUUACUUUUAUUCAUCGAUUCAGCCAAAAGACUCAAUGCCAAUGUUUAUUUUAAGUGCUCUAUUGUCACCAUUGCUUUUAGUUCAUCAAAAGGAUGUAAUCGGGAAGGACAAUUUAGACACAAACCCGUCUUUUACUAGUCUGUGAAGAGUCAAUGCACCAAGCUAGUGUUCACUUUGUUUCUGACACUACAUCACAUGCAGUGUAUCCAAUGUAUUUAUUGUAAAAAUGUUGCUCUAUCCAGGUUCAAAAAAUUCAUGUAUUACGAUCAUAGACUGUUUAAAGAAGUGGACCAAGCAAGUGUGACGUCACCCAUAAUGCUCGGCUCCAGUCAAAUGAAGAUCACCGAGGCAAGCAGUUAUGGAACAAAUUUGGAGUUCCAGAUUUGAAACAGGAAUUUAUUUAUAGACAAAAUAAUGAACGAAAAACACCGUGAUAAUGUAGAGUGGGUGAAUACGAUCAUUUUAAGACCAAAAUGAUAAGCCUGCAGUUAGAGAGUGGUGACAUUCAGUAUAAAUUGAUUUGGAGCUGGAGUCAAUGGAGCCGGAAGCACACCCAUGGUCACUUCCUGGUCAGCUUUGUCCAUUUGUAUAAACAGUAUAUGGUUACAAUUCACUACAGCUCAGGAGUUCACACUGCAGUUCUCCAUGUGUUUCAACUAUUAUAAAAGUAGCUGCUAAUUUUUAAAUGCUAAUUGAUUCAAACAUUUUGUUACUACAGUAGGCUAUUGACAGCACAUCAUUUUAUAUUAUUUUCGUGAAUUUGUAGCUUUUAUAAUGGUUCAUUCAUAUAUCCAGUGUUUAAAAUUUUAUUUAAAGGUGCACUGUGCAAAUUUUGAUGGAGGGUCAGCCAUCAGCUUGUCUCAUGGAGAUGUUUUUGCUUUGCCUGGGAUGUUCCACAGGAUGGCAUAAAAUAAAUAUUUAUUGUAGGCUAUCUAUUCAGUUACAGUAAAAACAUGUAUUAUUACUGUGAGCGGGCCCACCCCUCCACAGAUCUGACCUGUAACUUGCCCUUGUGAUGUGACCCGCAUGUCUCCAUACCAUCUUGUAGAACAUUCCAGGAAAAAAACUUUAACAUCUACAGCUAGUCAAGCAGGUGAUGGACCCACUACUAGAAAAGUUACACAGUGCCUUUAAAAGUCACUAUCUCUGAAUUAGGCUCAUUUGCCAACUCAAGCUACAUAUCCAUCGCUUCGCCACAUGAGCAGUUUUGCCAAGUAGCCUUUCUUAGCUGACUUGACCAUGCCCCUGGACAACAGAUAUCAUCACUGCCACUAGAGGGCGCUACAAUGUCCAACACAGGACCACAGGAGAUACACUAUACAGUGUAAGGACUAAUGCAAUUCAGAACUGUGCCUUGAAAUUGUCCAGUGAAUACACUACGGGGCCAUUGCUUUUAAUUGGUUGGCGAAGAGGUAUUGAAAGGGUUUUGAACCAAACUAUGUAGUUCGGUAGGGAUGGGACAAGAUUGUGCACACAGGCGGAAAAUUAUCUUGUGAGAUUUAGGGAUGCACCGAUACAAUACUGUUACUGGAUAUCGGCAUAGAUACUGAAAAAUUUGCUGGAUCAGAUAUCAGCUUCCAAAUAUUGGUUCAGUCAACCAGUUCAGGUUCAGUGGACAUAUAAUUUUAUGUAAUAAGACUUUUUCCUGGUUUUAGUUGGCCCAGAAAAGAACUGAUUGUACAGAUAGAAAUUAAAACACUAAGUUGUUCUGUGGUUACGUGGAAGGUAAAUAUCAGUUACAUAACACAAUAGGACCAGUUUUGUUUCAUUUUAUAUUAAGGAAAUAAGGGGUGAAAUCUGGUGAGUUAACAUUUUAAAAGGCCAUAGUUCCUAAAAGCAGAGCUAGAAUGACAGCAAAGAUAAAUUAAAAAAAUGGUAAGGGCCUGGAUUUUGUGGACCCAAUCUCAUGUCUCGUCCCAUCCCUAUAGUUCGAUUUAAAAUAAAUAUGUUUUAUAAAUCUGAUUCUAUGUUGAGACAUAAGAGCAUGAACAGGGAAUAGACAAACAACUGAAAAACUUAAAUAUUCUUCAUUGUUGAUAGUUAAAAGACCCAUUGAUUUGGAAGACAUUACGCUGUGAUUUUUGGCGCAUGUGAAACUGUUGUUUAGUUUCAUGUGUUAUAAAGUAAUUUAUGGUUGUCGUGCCUGAGAUAGUGACUAAAGAGACUAGUGAAGAGAUCUUAAUAUAUAUUGCAUCUCCCUUGCCUCUAUUUUGAAUGCACCAGUAUCAAAAUGUGUGCAAACCAAACUAUGAACACUGGCAAGGCUGUCUGUGCGUAUGUAGUGCUAUUGUUAUCUAUGUGAAAAGAGGAAUAAUAAUAUACUGUAAAGCGGAUGCCUGAAUGAAUAUCUUACUAUAAAAAUGAAAUGAUACUGUAAAAAAAAGUACAAUUUUUAC